AUGUCUCUAUGUUAUGUUAAACCAUUUUCAAAUAAUGAAUUCGAGAAAGAUAAGGAGAAUUUGGCAAGCAAAAUUAUUUUAAUUCCAAAUUCAAUUGCUGUUGAAGAAAUUCGUCAUUUCAUGCCACCACAACAAACUGAUGGUUCAGCUCCUGGAAGUACAUCAAAUCCGACUGCUAAUUCUCCAAUUCCAACAAAUGUUCCUAAUCCGAAUGCUAACCCAAAUCCAAAUGCUAAUCCUUCCAACCCAAAUCCAAAUGCUAAUCCUUCCAAUCCAAAUCCAAAUGCUAACCCUUCCAAUCCAAAUGCUAACCCUUCCAAUCCUAUUGUUGGAACUCCUAAUCCGACUGCUGGUACUUCGAUUCCUAAUCCGACUGCUGGUGCUUCGAUUCCUAACCCGACUGCUGGCACUAUCUCCCCAACUUCUGCCAACAAUUUAAGCCAAACCUCUUUAAAUUCACCCAGUUCACUCAGUUCUAGUCAUCCCUCUCCACUUGUCGCCCCACCUCCCCUUAGUAACACUGUAUCCUUUACUGUCAGUCCUUUUACCAUAGGUUUCUCGAUGGUCAUUGGAAUAAUUUUACAAAGUUUUCUAUGCAGAAUUGUAUAUUGA